CCUGGAACGUCUGUCCAGAAGUCUCCUGCUCGGAAUCUUUAAACAGUUGCACCGACGACUUGCUGACGACCCGCGUGCCUGCACCGCCCUUCGUCUGCGCAACAGAAACUCUAAACCAGCGGCCUGCGCAAGCCGACUGCACAGCUGCAGACUUCCAUACCGCUGGGCCUGGCUCUGGUUCUUUCGGCCGGGCCUCUUCUAUCGCUUUCCGUCCUGGAAACUCAUCUUGCCGUCUCCCAAGACCUUGUGGAUUGAUUCCCACUCCCAAUCUCUACCCUACUUCUUCAGCCUGAUCUCCUGCCCAACCAUAGGUAGUUCAAGCUCUGCUAAGUCGGCUUCCAUAUCCCCGCCGUCGAGCAGAUCUGCUCUACAUCGAAUCUCAAACACCCGCCGCACCUCUUGUCUUGCAUACAGCAAAAUGACCACCCCUACCUUGAUCAAUCUCCCCCCUCCCCCUUCCGACCCGGUAACUCCAUCGGAUAUGGGACCGGGAACUCCCAACUCAACCACCACCUCUCUCUCCGCCUUGUCCACCACCGCCAUCAAGGACGGCCACCAGGGCCAGCCCCACCCCCACGGGCACCAUGCGCACCACUCCUCCAACACAUCCAUGAGCUCAACCACCACCCUGGAGGCUGAGCGCGCCGACCGCAUCUCCCGCCUAGCCGGUCUAGAGCGGGUUGCUACUGCACGAGCCGGCGGCGCAGGACACCCCACCACCGCUCCCUCUGUUGCAUACACACCGGGCUACUUUGACACGGCCUCCGGCAUGAAGGAGAGGAGCACGGUAGGCAGCGCCAGCGCAACGGGCAGCGUAGGCGCUCGCACCACCUGGGCCAGUGGUAGCGACGCUUUUGAUGCUGAUAAGAUGAGCGAGGCCGACGACGUGUCCAGCGUCGGCAACAUCAGCGACGAAGGAGAUGCCAGUCUGGUCGGCUUCGGAGAGGGCGCAAGUACCAUGAGUGGCCCGAUCUCACAUUCCGGACUCAACCGGACGUCCUCCAGUGGCCGGCCGAGCUCAAUCGGUAGCCCGAGCCGUAGCCGGGCUACCCCCAUGGCGCCUUACUCGCCUCAUCUGAGUGACAGCGGCCACCCUAUGCAGCAGAAUACCCUUGCCCCGCCCGGGAGUACAUCUGCCACCCCGGAGCCGAUUCAGGAUGCACGUAUGGUCGAUGGGAUGACCUACGAUGCCGAUGUCGUUGACACGACUGCGAGAACUCCGCGACUGGCUACUCCCGGCAUUGAGGACCCUCACGACGAGCGGUAUUGAAGACUGUGGUUGUGGGUAGCGGUAUGACUACGAUUACUACUUCUUAUGUGACGCAGGCGUUCGCAAUGGUUUACUGCUUAUCGGAUUGGAGUCUAAAUGUUUUUGUUUCACCCCCGAAGAGAGGGUCGAGAGGGUCGAGACUUGACGCUCAUGGGAGGCGGCUCUUCUUCCGAAAAGGUUGGUGAUUUCUUUUAUUUUGUAGGAUAAAGUCAGCAAUCAAGUUGUGCACAAUUGAUAUGAAAAGAUAAAAGAUGCCUUUCGGGUGGCAAAAGUACGGCACGCCCUUCAAGCCGCCCGCGAUACUCAGAGA